UGAAAUCAAAACAAAACAAAAAUAAAUUAUUAAAAUUUAAAAUUAUAAAUUAUUGUUCCUAUUCCUAGUUCAGCUCAGCGAGGCUAGCCACUGUAGCUAUUUUGGUAGUAGUUGAACAGGAAACAGAAAAGUAUGUCCGAAGAGUUCGUCUUCACUCUUCUGUACUUGUUAAUAUGCUUGGGCCUAAUCUAUCCGCUCGAUGUGUUUAUCGGUGCGGGAUUUACCAUCAAAAAUAUGUUCAGCAGUUUCCUGGGAUCUGAAAAAGAGCGAUUUAUAAUGUACCACAUUAAAAAAUCCAUGUUGAAUAUAUUCAUUUAUUCUUCUUUGCCAUUAAUUUACCUUAUACUUUUGUUUAUAAUGGGAUAUGCUGAGGAGGUAUCAAGUCUUUUUAUAGGCACCACAAUAUAUUGGCAAACAUUCGCUGCUACGAGUAUAGCCCUUCCUAUUUUAGCACUUUUCCAAAUUCAGAAAUGGAUAUACGAUAAAUACAAGACCCAUCCAAUUGCAGUAAAUUUAAGCAAGCAUUGUAACAACAACAACACUUGGGAAACUGUAGCAACUGAUAUUGAAAAUGAAUAUAGAAGAUUCGGUACUGUUUGCAUUGAAAGUAAUCCAGUAAUAACCAUUGUAGUUACAGAAAACUGGGUUUGUAAAGUAACGCCUUUCACAAUUUUCCUAGCACAUCAAAGUGAUGCCACUUUGAACGUUAAAAAAGUAACCAAUUUUGAAAUGUCAGAUAUGGGGACUAACUACGCUCAGUUUAUGAAUAUUGAAGUUAAAAGUACCAGAAUGGAUCCAUUCACCAUAAGAAUAAAAUCUGAAAAUUUUGUGGAUUUAGAAACCAGGCUUUCUAGGACUAUAAAUGUAUUGCCCAAUGUUAAGUUUCACAAGUCUGUUAAUGAUCAAUUUAUAGAAAUUUUCAAGGAGACUGUAGAAAAAAAUCAUCGAUAUGUCACAGAUAUUGAGCCUGAUAUAUGUAUCGGUUGUCUAGAAGCUCGUUCAGCUAUCAAGCUUCAAAAGCAAUGCACAUACAGAAGCUACGAGGAGAAUCGCUUGCUAGGCCAUCACGAGGAGCUUGGCGAAUGUACAGAUUGUUUUUGCCGUCCAAUGUGGUGCCUAGAUUGUAUAUCGAAAUGGUUCGUUUCUAGGCAGACUAUUCAUGAGAAACAUCUUUGGUUGUCGAAGAAAUGUUCUUGUCCCAUGUGUAGAGCUACUUUUUGUGUUUUGGAUGUGUCACUAUUGAGUAAUUCAGAAGAAUAGCCUAAUGACCCUACUGAUUUAAUAUAAAUUGUGUAAAUAUUGUUUUAUUGAAUAUCACUAACUCAUACUCAAAACAAACAAUUGUUUCUUGAUGUUUUUAGAGAUAUUCUCAUUGCUGAAAAUUUAAAAACUGCAAUCUUACAUCUUUAACUUGACUGUGUCGAUGCUAAGGGGCAUUUCUCACUCUUGAGCAAUUUUUCUAAUUUCUUUAUGAAUUUUUUAAAGGUGAUGUGAAUGUUUUUCGAAACAACCUUACAACCUAUGAAAUGCACAUGGUAAAAACUUGUAUAAGACCAAUAGAAAAGUCAACCCUGCAUGAAACUUCUCAAUUUUCCUUUAUAGUCAAAAGAUAGCUCCAUUGUAGGGUAAAAAAUGUAUGUUUUUUUUUUUUAAUACAGAUCAAAUAAAAGCAAACUAACUAAACUACUGAACUAACUAACUAACAGGAGUACAAACAGCGAUAGCAGGUCUUGCAACAUUCAAGUCAAAUUCAUCACAAUAUGUUGCAGUUGAAAACGAAAUAUCGGCAACGUCGCACGUCGUUGUCCUAGAAACCUAGACUCUACGGCAAUGAUAGGGAUUGUCAUAUUUGACAAAAAAUCUAUUGUAGAAAGAAGACUGAUGGCCGUUUGCACCGACCUUAGAGCCACCGACCAUUUUAAGGAAGCCUUGGAAGUAUUCCUCAAAGUGACAAAGUGACAUUUCUCCAUGUAAAAAUGUCAUUUUAGGGUUUUAGGACAGUAUCUGUCAUUUAUAUUGAUCACGCGCAUUCAAACAACUCAUAGAAAACAAAUUUUUUCCAAACAAGUUUUUUUUUUACUCAAAACGCCUAAAAACGUUCAUUUUGAGGCUCGAAAUUACCGUUUUUGGGCGUGGCACCCAAAAAAAAUUUCACACGGGCGGCCGACACUCUCCUCCGCUAGCGCGUCGUAUUAUUAAAAUAUGAUUUUUUUUUUAUUUAGUCAUUUAUUUAGCACAAUAUACUAAUUCUAUGUUACAAUAUACCGGUUCCGUCUUAUUCUAAAAUCUAAAACAAAAUAUCAAAAUCACAUUACUUAUUAAAACUAACAAUCAUAGACUAUAGACUACAAAUCCAGUCAUCCUUACAAUAAAGUUAACAAUUUAAAAAACAAAAAUCAAUCCAAAUCAGAACAAUAAUUAACCAUCUCAAGGUACAUACAAAUUAUUUUCUCUCAGCAAAUGAACUUUCAGCUGUUUCUUAAAACUAUACAUUGAAUCACAUGUUUUUAUCACAGCGGGCAAUUUAUUGUAUAGAUCGACUCCCCUAAAAAAUAACGUAUUUUGACCAGACUUUUUAUUUUUUGGUGCUAUGAAAAAAUCGUUUUGCUGACGUGUACUGUAGUUAUGGAUUUCAUUAUUAUAAAUUAUUUUAUCCAUUAAGUAUUGAGGGGCAUGACCAUUCUUUAUCUUGAAAAUAAAAACCAUAACACUGUACUUAAUAUAUUCAGAAACAGGCAACCAUUGCAAACGUUCUUGCAUAGAACGGAUUGAAGUGUAUCUGUUACAUCCCAAAAUCACCCUCAUUGCACGAUUCUGCAUGAUUGUAUAUUUAUACCAGUGAUUCUCACUGUUUUAGAGUCGCUGUGUGUUAUUUUCAAUUGUUUAAAAACUCGUUUAAAAAUAAGAAAUCAAAAGACAUAAACCAAAUUUUGAAAAUAAAAUAAAACAAGGAACAUAAAAAACAUUCAUACAGAUAUUCAAAAAAAUAAAAAUAAAUAGUAUAUUACAUACCGAGUAGGGAAGUGUUUCAUUACUGUCGAGAGAUUUAUCCAAUCGAGCGUCGAGAUUGACUAAUAAUCUCGAGACAGAAAUGAAAACUUCCCUCCGAGGUUUGUAUACUAUUUUAUUUGCAAGCACACCAUUAAUUAUGAUUAGUCAAUCAAUUUUUUUAAUAUUAAAAAAAUAAAACAAACAUGCCAAAAUGUGUCAUUCGCGGCUUUGACAUUUUUACCUGACAUAUUUUCAUUGUUGCCAGCAAAGGUGAAUAAAUUAGUGAGGGAAAUCGGUGAGGGAAGUCGAAUAGGGAAAUCGGAGAGGGAAGUGACACAGGUAAAGUGUCACUUCCAAAUUUUUAAAAAGUCAGUAAUGACAAGAUUACAUAUAUGAUUGCAAAUAAUAGUAUAUUACAUACCGAGGUGGAAAGUGUUUCGAGUGUUCGAGGUCUAACUGAAAUCUCGAGACAGUAAUGAAACUUUUCACCGAGGUAUGUAUACUAUUUUAUUUACAAUCAUUCGAAUUUUGAAAUUUUCAUUUGGAUUAAAAC